UUCCCACUUCAUCUUCUCCAAUCUCCAAAUCAAAACCUUGACUCAUUGAUUUCAUAAAUCAUCCGUCAUUCAUUGAAUUCUUAGUUUGCAGAUUCGGUAACGAACGAAACACGAAGUUAUGCCGCCGCGUAGAUACGCCAUCGGGAGGGCCGAUGAAGCCACCCACCCGGAUUCCGCACGCGCCACCUUGUCGGAGUUCCUUUCCACCUUCGUUUUCGUCUUCGCCGCCGAAGGCUCCGUGCUUGCUCUUGAUAAAGCGUACGGUGGCGAUGUGCUGGGAGCCGCCGGGAAUUUGCUGGUGGCGGUGGCUACGGCGCUGGCAUUGUUCGCCGCCGUGGCGUCUAGUUUAAACGUCUCCGGUGGACAUGUAAACCCGGCGGUUACUUUUGGGACUCUUGUUGCCGGAAGGGUUUCGUUGGUUCGAGCGUUGUAUUACUGGGUGGCUCAGCUUCUCGGCGCCAUCGUUGCUUCCUUAUUACUCCGGCCAUCCACCGUCGGCAUGAGACCCGUCGGACUUUACGUGGCCCGAGACGUUGGAAACCUGAAUGCUUUAUUAAUGGAGGUGAUCUUAACAUUCGGGUUGGUUUACACCGUUUUCGCGACGGCAAUCGACCAUAAAAGAGGAACUUUAGGGACGAUAGCGCCACUUGCGAUUGCGUUCAUUGUGGGUGCUAAUACGUUGGUCGGCGGACCUUUUGAGGGAGGGUGCAUGAAUCCGGCAAGGGCAUUUGGACCGUCAUUGGUGGGGUGGCGGUGGCGCAACCAUUGGGUGUAUUGGCUUGGACCGUUUUUAGGGGCCGCGAUAGCUGGGUUGAUAUACGAGUUCGGGAUCAUACAGCCGGAGGUGCCGGUUCAUACGCACCACCAGCCGCUGGCCCCGGAAGAUUACUAGAUAUGGUUCGAGCCAUGAUGUUGGUUUUGGAUAAUAAUGGGGGUGGGGUUUUGUCUAGUGUGUGUAAUUUGUGGUGUUUUUUCAGACAUGGUGAUGUGUUUUUUUUUCGUGUAUUUUAAUGUUUCGUAAGUUUUGGAUAUAUAUAUAUAGAUCUCACCUUCCAGAAAAUAGCAGCAUUCAGAUGAGAAAAUUGGAAUAAUAGAUGGUUUUGGUUAUAAGGU